CCCAGACAUAGACAGCACAAAGAGGGAGAGAGAAAGAGAGAGAGAGACAGUGGAAGCCAGGAGACACAGCCAGCUGAAGCAUCACUGUUUCCUUGGACAAACAUCACAGACACAGGACCAGACCUUAGCACUGAUCAACAGGACCCACUGGGAGCGACAAAUCGGAGACAGAUCUUCCCACAGCAGAGACGAUGCCUAUCUGUACCGUGCUGGAGAAGAGUAAUGGUGUGGUGGUGGGAGCUGAGCUGACCUGCAGCGUACGGGAGGAGAACAAGGCUCAGAGGGAGAGCUACAGCGCUGACUGGAACAGCAUCAGUCUCAAGACUCAACCUCAGGAUAGGCAGACCAUGAACAUGAACGAUGACUCACGCAGGGAGACUCUGUCCCGGCAGUGGGAGGCCCGUUCGCUGAUGCAGAGAUGCCCCUCUGGUGUCUUCAGAGUGGGCACUGUGGAAAGAGGGGUGAGGGAGCACCAGCUGCUGCCAAAGAGAAACACCCUCCCCUUGCCCAUCUUCACCCCCGCAGAGCUGGGUGUCAGGCUCGGACGCGGAGCCCCGCACACCGAGGAAGACCUGCAGCCCUUCCCCACUCCAGACGGAGUCUGUCCCAGCAAGAGGACCGUGGACGAGAUCACAAGAGAUCUUCCCCCGGUCAAGCCAACCCUCAUGGAGUUCGCCAAAGCGCCCAAAGCCCUGGGUCGCUCCAUGUCCCUGGAGGCUCAGAGAGGGUGAAAAACAAAGGGAAAGAGAGGAUGUUAGGGAGAGACGAGAAGGAUGACAGAUGGAAAAGGAUAGUCAGUGAGCAGAGCGUGUCAGAAAGAUGUAUAUAGAUUUAACUCUUGUGACAUUCAUCUUGAACCCUACAUACUGUAGAUUUUUAGCACUGACUGUGUUUCUUGGCGAGCACAGCACCAGGUCAAUGUCACGCUUUGUCAUUGUGGUCAGGGGUUUUGGAAACUGUUACGUGAAGGCAUUCGCAUUGUGAUGGAGAGAGUCGGGGUGUGUUCUCAGCUGUGCCACGGGCUAAUCUCUGCCUGUGCUGGCCGGCUGGGCUCACCACAUCUGCUGAUCCGUCAGUGGAAUCGCUGUGGCCCAACUGUUGCAUGCACUUCCCUCUGACUGUGGUCGUCUGACGCGUGGGUUAUACCGGUGAAGAAAUGCAGUGAUGCAGAAAGUGGCAGGUUGAAAAUGACGUGCAUAAGGUAGAGGCAGGUAGGAAAGUGUAAAGAGGGAUAGAAAAAAAAAGGGAGAAAGGGGGAAGGGGAGGGGGUGAGGGCUCGGGGAACAUACCUUGGUCAGCAUCCAGGCCUCCAGAAGCCCUUGGCAGUCUCUGAUCUCUGUGAAGAGUACAGAAUGCUCCGGUGUGAUCACACACUGUGGCUGUACAUAUGUGGGUGUGUCUUUCUGUGUGUGUGUGUGUGUGUGCUGGCUGACACCUCUAUUCAAGAGGACUUAAGAAAACUAAUAACCUGUUCUUUACUGUGUAUUAAGUUAUCUGCCUCAUUAGCUGAGUGGCAGCUCCUAUUUAUAUCUGAUAGAGGAACAGACACUGUAGUGGCCGAGAAUACUUCGCCGUGUAAAUGAAUUUGAAAUGUGUGCAAUGAUGUUGAAAAGUUUGUCCUAGAUAUUUAUUAUUUUUACAAAUAAAAGCUAUGUUGCUCAUC